CUGCAGGAGCAGCAGCAGCGGCGGCGGCGGGUACCCUGUGCCCCGCGUCCCCGACGCAGCCGACUGCGCCACCCCCACCCUCGCACGGCCGGGCGGGACCCGCGCCACCGACGCGGACCUCCGGUGGCCCUCGGCGACUUAACCCCCGCCGCGAAUACUCCGGACUCGCCCGCGGAGUUUGCCCGCCGGGGAGGGAGGCCGAGCUGGGAGAGCACUCUUGGGCUUUUCCCCACCAUUCCUUGGAUUUCGUUCCCCGGGUCGUGAGAGAACUUUGCAGCGGGCUGGAGCGCCCUUUGCGGAGAGGCUGACGAAGAGAAGGAAAGAAAGGGGGUCGACAGAGAGGCUCGGAGGAAAGGUCCGGAGCGGUCGCGCCGGCAGUGCAGGACGAGUGUACGCGGGCCGCGGCGCCCAGAUGCGCCCAGGGCUCGAGGAGCUGCGAGCGGCUGCGGGACUGCCCUCCGCGGAGUAGCCCCGUCGGGCCAGGAGGGUUUGUGCAACCGCGCAGAACACCGACAGCCGGCCGCACUGGGCGUGCCAAGCCGCCUCCCGGCGCGCCCUCCUCACUUUCUCCGCCUCAUCGUCAUCCCGCGCUCCUCGGCUCGGGUUAAGGCUGCGGGGCGCCGGGCGCGGAGCCUCUGCUGCGGCCGGGACCUCGCACCCCGCCACCUCCAGGAAGCCCGCGGGUGCCUGUUUGUGGGCGCUUCCCGGACCCGCGGGGUUCAGCCCUGUACACCGUCAGGUUUGUUUGUGUGGGGUUAGCCCGGAGCGCCGCGCCACCUGCACCUCGCCGGCGGCCGGCGCCGCGGGGAAAACCCGGAAAAGAGGCGGUACCGGAGAAUAGCAAAGGAGAGCAGCCCGCCUGGAUUUGUUUGCCCGGGACGGGUGCGGCGCACGCGGAUCGCCGAGGGGAGCGCGGCGGGAGCCACCGCGACCCCACCUCCCAGCACGGGCGGCCGAGGCCCGCGGAUUGGAGCGUAGCCCCUGCGCCCUCUUCCCGAGUGCCGGCGGCGCUCCGCAGGUUUUUGGUGCAGCCGGGCCUGGGUUGCCCCGUGAUGUGGCCCUGAGCGUAGGAGCCCGCACCGGCGGGAGCAGGAGCGGCCCGGCGCCGAGUGGCCUGUGCGCCCCGCCGAGCGCGCCUGCGUGCGUGGCCAGCGCGCUACCCGCUUCUGCCUGGCUUCCCGGCUUAAUUUUCCUCGGCGAGAUUAAAGUUGGAAAUUGGGCGGAGAAUUGAGUUGCCUGGGAACAGAGUCACGGUCGCCGCCAGAGCGAUGUUCCCGCAGAGCCGGCACCCGACGCCGCACCAGGCUGCAGGCCAGCCCUUCAAGUUCACUAUCCCGGAGUCCCUGGACCGGAUUAAAGAGGAAUUUCAGUUCCUGCAGGCGCAGUAUCACAGCCUUAAAUUGGAAUGUGAGAAACUGGCAAGUGAAAAGACAGAAAUGCAGAGGCACUAUGUGAUGUAUUAUGAAAUGUCAUAUGGAUUAAAUAUAGAAAUGCAUAAACAGUCCAGGCUAUUUUGUCGAACUUCACAUGGCCUCCUUCAGUAUCCUUCAAGGUCUAGUUCAAAUACCAACACUGCCUGUUUACUUCAAGGCCUUCCAUGGCUGCUUCAACAUGAGACUGAAAUCGCCAAGAGAUUGAAUACGAUUUGUGCACAAGUCAUCCCAUUUCUGUCUCAGGAACAUCAGCAGCAGGUGGCCCAGGCCGUCGAACGUGCCAAACAGGUGACCAUGGCAGAGCUGAAUGCCAUCAUCGGGGUACGUGGCCUACCAGGUCUACCUCCUACACAGCAGCAGUUGCAAGCUCAGCAUCUUUCUCACGGCCAUGGACCUCCAGUGCCCCUCACCCCUCACCCUUCGGGACUUCAGCCUCCUGGAAUCCCGCCCCUCGGCGGCAGUGCCGGCCUCCUGGCGCUGUCUAGUGCUCUGAGUGGCCAGUCUCACUUGGCAAUUAAAGAUGACAAGAAGCACCACGAUGCAGAGCACCACAGAGACAGAGAACCGGGCACAAGUAACUCCCUCUUGGUCCCAGACAGUCUAAGAGGCACAGAUAAACGCAGAAAUGGACCCGAGUUUUCCAAUGACAUCAAAAAAAGAAAGGUGGACGAUAAGGACUCUAGCCACUAUGACAGCGAUGGUGACAAAAGUGAUGACAACUUAGUUGUGGAUGUGUCUAAUGAGGACCCUUCGUCUCCACGAGCAAGCCCCGCCCACUCACCCAGGGAAAAUGGGAUCGACAAAAACCGUCUGCUAAAGAAAGACGCCUCCAGCAGCCCGGCAUCCACCGCCUCCUCGGGAAGUUCCACUUCUUUGAAAUCCAAAGAAAUGAGCUUGCAUGAAAAAGCCAGCACGCCUGUUCUGAAAUCCAGCACACCGACACCUCGGAGUGACAUGCCAACGCCGGGCACCAGCGCCACUCCAGGACUACGUCCAGGCCUCGGCAAGCCUCCAGCCAUGGACCCCCUCGUUAACCAAGCGGCGGCCGGCCUGAGGACGCCCCUGGCGGUGCCGGGUCCGUACCCGGCGCCUUUCGGGAUGGUGCCGCACGCGGGCAUGAACGGCGAGCUGACCAGUCCCAGUGCCGCCUACGCCAGCCUCCACAACAUGUCACCGCAGAUGAGCGCGGCUGCAGCGGCGGCCGCCGUGGUGGCCUACGGGCGCUCCCCAAUGGUUGGGUUUGAUCCUCCCCCUCACAUGCGUGUACCUACGAUCCCUCCAAACCUGGCAGGAAUCCCCGGGGGGAAGCCCGCAUACUCCUUCCACGUUACUGCAGAUGGUCAGAUGCAGCCUGUCCCCUUCCCCCCGGACGCCCUCAUUGGCCCCGGCAUCCCCCGCCACGCUCGCCAGAUCAACACCCUGAACCACGGGGAGGUGGUGUGUGCGGUGACCAUCAGCAACCCCACGCGACACGUGUACACGGGCGGCAAGGGCUGCGUCAAGGUCUGGGACAUCAGCCACCCCGGCAACAAGAGCCCCGUCUCUCAGCUCGACUGUCUGAACAGGGAUAACUACAUCCGUUCCUGCAAAUUGCUCCCCGAUGGCUGCACUCUUAUAGUGGGAGGGGAAGCCAGUACCCUGUCCAUUUGGGACCUGGCGGCUCCCACCCCGCGCAUCAAGGCAGAGCUGACGUCCUCGGCCCCCGCCUGCUACGCCUUGGCCAUCAGCCCCGACUCCAAGGUCUGCUUCUCAUGCUGCAGCGACGGCAACAUCGCCGUGUGGGACCUGCACAACCAGACGCUGGUGAGGCAAUUCCAGGGCCACACAGACGGGGCCAGCUGUAUUGACAUUUCUAACGAUGGCACCAAGCUCUGGACGGGCGGCUUGGACAACACGGUCCGGUCCUGGGACCUGCGCGAAGGGCGGCAGCUGCAGCAGCACGACUUCACCUCCCAGAUAUUCUCCCUUGGUUAUUGCCCAACUGGAGAGUGGCUGGCCGUGGGCAUGGAGAGCAGCAACGUGGAAGUUCUCCACGUGAACAAACCUGACAAGUACCAGUUGCAUCUCCACGAGAGCUGUGUGCUGUCCCUGAAAUUUGCGUAUUGUGGUAAAUGGUUUGUGAGUACUGGAAAAGAUAACCUCCUCAAUGCUUGGCGGACACCCUAUGGAGCUAGUAUAUUCCAGUCCAAAGAGUCCUCAUCCGUGCUCAGCUGUGACAUCUCUGUGGAUGAUAAGUACAUAGUCACUGGCUCAGGGGACAAGAAGGCUACAGUCUAUGAAGUCAUCUACUGAAAACAUUAUGUGGUUUAACGUUUAUAGUUGAAUUGGGCCAAAAUGUUUUGAAUUUGUAGAAAUAGAAAAGUUGUAACUUUAAAAACACAAAAGCCUGUUUCCAAACCUUGACACAAAACUACUCUGCGUCUACAAAGAGGAGGCAGUGAGCACAUCAACAGAAGGUCACCUACCUACCUAGACCAAAUGGAGCACCGAGGCAAAGUGGACAGAGGGGUGAGGGUUGUGGGCUUGCGGAAUGGAGCCCGCUGACCCUGGCAGGGUCCAUCCUUUUCUUUCUGUGAGAUCUGCCGAGAUUACCUUUCUGUUCCUUGCCGUUCCCCUCCUGUCUGUCCUUGGUAGAGCAGUGGUGUCUCCAAUGAACUUGUUUCCUCGUUUUGCAUCUUGUGAAAUGUUUUUUUGUAUUUUUGUUGAAGGUUAAACAUUUGUAUAAAUUGUAAAUAUAUUUGGUUUAUUACAGUAAAGGCUUUAGUACCAAUAAGUGGUUUUCCU